AUGGCUCCUGUCACCAACGGACGCGUUCUCUUCAACGAAUAUCUCCCCACCGGUUACCCCAUACCGGGGAAAACCGUUGUAUACGAUACCUCCGAGACCAUUGAUCUCGAGAAUGUCGCUCUCAAUGGCGGUUUCCUUGUCAAGGUCCUGGUAUUGUCUAUUGAUCCUUACCAGCGUAAUCGGUUGAAAGCCCCGAGUGACCAGAGAAGCUACGGCUCCUUUGAACUUGGCAAGCCAAUACAGAACUUCGGCGUCGGGGUUGUGCUUCGUUCCGAGAACUCGGCCGUCAAAGCGGGCGAUCAUGUCUACGGACAGUACGAUUUCCAGCAGUACGUCAUCGUGCCUGAGCUCCCCAGCCGUAUCUGGCGGGUACUCGAGAACAAGGAGCAGAUCCCGUGGUCGGCGUAUGUCGGCGUAGCUGGCAUGCCUGGUCAAACCGCCUACUACGGCUGGAAGGAGUAUGCUUCGCCUCAGAAGGGCGAAGUGGCAUUCGUUACAACCGGCGCCGCGAAGGCCGACGGUCUGAAAGUCAUCGCGUCGGCUGGCUCGGAUGACAAAGUCGAGUACAUGAAGUCUAUUGGAGCCGAUGUCGCCUUCAACUACAAGACGACAAAAACCAGCGACGUGCUUGCGAAGGAGGGCCCGAUUCACGUAUUCUGGGACAACGUUGGCGGCGAGUCCUUCGAAGCGGCUAACGAGCAUGCUGCCACUGGCGCACGCCUCCUUGAAUGUGGCAUGAUCACAGUGUACAACACAAACGAGACUUACACCGUCAAGAAUCUCUUCCAGAUCAUUGGGAAGGAACUGCACGUCCAUGGGGUCAUGGUCGCGGGACCUCUGCACGAGAAGUAUGUAGACGAGUUUUAUGAGACGAUCCCGGAAAAAAUAGCUCGGGGAGAGCUGAAGUACAAAGAGCAUGUGCUGCACGGGUUGGACAAAGCAGGUCAAGGGCUUCUCGAUGUUCAAACUGGGAAAAACUUUGGCAAAUGCGUCAUCGUUGUCGCAGAGGAAUAA